AUGGCGAAGUCUGCACCGGAGUGUAAGCGACCAGGUAGUGUUCCUGUUGGUCUUUCGGAGGGAGAACGUGUGCGAGAUUCCUCUUGGAAAGUUGCUGUAUGUCGCCACGAAGUAGGUUGGCUCAUGCAAGCCCUCCUAGGAGAUUUCCGAAGUGCAGGUGGAGACACACGCUGGUUAGCAGGCUUGCAUCAUGCUCCUCCCAAAUUCUCAGCUCUGGCCUCCAUUAACAACAUCUUAGCACACCAGCCCUGGCUGCUCUCACCACAGCAUAUACAGCAAUUAACAAAGGGUGAAGACAGCUGGUCACUUGGGGAACUGUGUCAGGCACUUUGCAUUAUGACACAUUUCCAUGCCCUUGCAACCUUCUUGCAUGGCUGUGGACUGUCUACUUAUACAAUUCCUAAAAAAGAAAAGGAUGUGAUAACAGUUGACAGAAACACUUGCAGCAGUAAAGUAUCUUCACCUUGUCUCCAGUCAAGACAGCCAUGUCCAGAAGCUCCAGAAAGUUCAACCACUAAUUCAUCUUGUAAACUUAAUUCCAGGUCUGACAUAAGGAAGUCAGGUACAGUAAACGAAACUAGACACAAGCAAAGGGUCUAUGCUCACCUAACACUGAACCCAGGUUUUACAUAUGAAGAUUUUAACUGCAAUGAUGAGUCACGUAUACCUUCUUUAUCAAUUCAGGAAUAUAAUUGGCAAGAUCAUGGAUAUGCAAUGUGUUCACGACUGGCAGGAGAGGUUGGAGCCUUCCUUGAUGAACGAUUUACUUCUGCUCUUACUGUAGCCCACGUUCCAACACAGACACAGUUAUCUAAGUCAAAUGCAAGCUGUUCUCCAAGUACAGCUAUUCUCGAUCAACAAAAUAAUCCAAUACCCAGUUCGCUAAUGUAUGAUCAGACUUCUCCUCUCCCUGCAAAAGCAUUAUGGAAUUAUGUUCAGUGGCUCUUAGGUAUUCACCAUGAUGACUGUGACUACAAUGCACUGAAUAAACACUUGGAUCCACAACUGAAGGCAUUCAUAAAAAAAGCAUGUUGCUUCCCAGAAACCCUAAGUGAUUCCAAUACAAUGACUACAAAUGGUGUUCAAGCUAGAGUGGUAAGUAUUUUUUUUUUUACUAUUUGGUAAUUUAUAUUAUAUUUC